UGAACGCGCACCGAAGGUUCAUGGGGUUCUUCAGACGGAAGAAGGUCGACAUUCGAGUUCCCACGGGAAAGGAUGCGGUGAAUUGGCGCAAGAUGCUGUUCCUGUCCAUUCCAGAGAGCUUCAACUUGCUAACCACCGAGCAAUGGAGUCGGUUGGACCUGCGCUGCUUAACGCUGAUGAAAGUGAAGAUGCUUCGAGCGUCGUGUCUCGCUCGGGAACUGGAGCCAAGAGGGAAGAAGCGAAUUCUGGUGCAGCGCUUGACCGAGUCUCUGGAGAAACAGCGCGACGACGAGGCCGCGUCGAGGCACGAAGCAGAGGUGGCGGAAGAGCGAAGAAAGGACAAGUUGGGUGGUAUCUGGACUUUUGGCACCGGCACGCAAGGCCAACUCGGACACAACGACUGCCAGUCGUAUGCACUGCCCACGCAGAUCAAAUCCACGCGCGGCCUGGGGGUGUGUCAAGUGUAUGCAGGCUUCGACUCGGACGUGACGUUUGCCGUGACCCGACUGGGGGACGUGUACGUUUGGGGCACCAAGCACGGCCCCACGGGACUUCCCCGUCCCAAACGCCGGAAUCGGUUCGACGUCGUCGGCGGCGGCGGCGGCAGCAGCCCCCCCCCCAAGGGCGCCCUCCACCUGCCCAACCUCCCGACACUCGACGGACCAGAAGAACAUGUCCCCGCGGACGUCGUUGAUCCCGUGGAUCCGCCAGACAACUCGAGCGACGAGAGCUCGGACGAUGGAAGUAGCGAUGACGCCGAUGCUUUGCAUGACGACAAGGUUGGUGAAGGCGAGAACAUGGUAGAGGACGAAUCGAUGCUGGUUCCUGCCCCCGUCAAACUCAAAUCCAUCAGCGGCGAAGACAUCGUCCAAAUCGCCGUCGGCCGCGUGCACUGCGCGGCGAGAUCCAAGUGCGGCGACGUGUUUACGUGGGGCCAGAACGACCACUGCCAGCUCGGCAACGAGCCACAGCACAGUCUGUCGGCUGCCCAGUCCAAGCGCGCCAAGAUCAAAUAUGGCGCGGACGCGGUGGAGCCGACGAUCUGGAGCCGCACCGUGCCCGAGACAUGCGUGGUCCGGGGAGUGGCAGUCGGUACGGACCACACCAUGAUCCUGUCGGACGUCGGAGAUAUUUACGCGUUUGGGUCGGUGUACAACACCACCGACCACUCGACGCUGUCCCGGCACCUUCGAAAGCACCGCGUGCACCAAGUGUCGUGCGGAGCGAUGCAUGCUGCGAUGGUCAACGAAAACGGUCAAAUGUACACGUGGGGCAGCGGCGAUGGAGGCCGCCUUGGACAUGGAGAUUUGGCAUCGCAUGUGGCCCCCCGCCUCGUGGAAGCGCUGGCGUCGGACGUGGUGUUCCAAAUUAGCUGCGGGUGCUGGCAUACGGUGGCCAUCGUGUUGGUGCCGCCCUUGCUCAAAGGCGGAUUUGUGUACGCGUGGGGCACGGGGCGGUAUGGCCAACUGGCGUUGGGAGGCAACCAAGUGGUGCCUACGCCGACGCUGAUCCAGGACUUUCUCAUGCAAUGUGUAUACAUCAAAAGAGUGUGCGCCGGCAUGUAUCAUAACGUGGCACUGUCUGUGGACGACGAGGUGUACACGUGGGGCAGCAAUGUGAACGGGUGUUUGGGUCGGCCUACUGAAAUGGCGUCGAAUCCUGAGAGCUUUAGCGCUGUCCCGGGCAAGGUGGAAGGCAUGGCCGAGUUUGUCGGCCGGCCUUGCUCUGUUGCGGUAGGGCGCGAGUACACGGUGGUAGCCACGAAACCGUACAUUGGACCGAGCGAAGACCAAGUGGAAGCGGCGCGGGUCGAAGAGGCCGCACGGGUCGCGGCUAUCGCCAAGCAAUACGAGGCUGAAGAGCGCAAGGAGGAGCUUCGGGAAGCCCUCAUCGAGCGGCUGCAGCGGUCGCGGUGCAUCGAGUACUUGAAUUCGCACCAUCCCCUGUGUAAUCAGUGCCCGAUUGCCGGCGUGUGCCCCGGGUUCCAACGAGAUGAAAUCGACCCGCAAUUGUGCCAGCAGUGUCUGCACAUCAAGCAAAGCCACGACGGACAGCACCGCGAGUCCAACAAAGCGAUGGGUUUGGACGAGUUGCGGGUGCUACUCGAGCGACUUCACGUCACCGACGACGACCUGGAUUUAUACAUCCCGGACGACGAGUUGUUGAUUGAAUCGCGUAAAUAAUAUGAUUAAGUCUGUAAGCUAUCUAAAUACUACUUGUUAUACAAGGUACAACUCCGUGUCGAGGAACGUUUCGUCGUCAAAGCAGU